AUGAACAACUUCUCCUUCCUCGACUCGGGCCCUAACGUCAACAUGCCGCGCGCCGCUCCCUCGCCGAACCCCUCGCCCACCGGAUCGCAGCCAAACGGCAUGGGCGGCGCGGGCGGACAGCAGAACGGCAUACCGAUGGUCAACGGCCUACCGUCGGGCGGUCAGCAGACGGAUAUGAAUCACCUGUGGAGCGUGGUGCAGCAGCUGAGCCAGGUGCUGGAGGAGAACCGCGCGCAGACGCUGGGCAUUGUGAACGGCGUGCAGGCUAUCCAGGCAAGGGCUGCGGAGGAGGGCGGCGUUGGGGGCAUGGAGAUUAGAGAGGUGAAUGGCGAGUUGAAUGCCCGCGCCGCCGAACUCGCCACCCUCCAAUCCCAACUCUCCGCCUCGCAAAAAGCCAUCACCGACCUCUCCGGCACCAACACCGCCCUGCACUCCGUCAUCACCGAGUACGAGCAAGCGCUCAAAACCAUCGUCGAAAAGGUGCACCCCUACGCCUACGCCCAGACCGGCGCCAUCCUCUCCCUGCACAAGCACUACCAAGCGCUGCUCGAGCAGGAGCGCAACACGUCGAUGCAGUUACGGCUGGAGCACGCAGAGUGGCAGGCAGGGCUGGGCCGGGUAGCCGAGUACGCGAGGAGCGCGCUGAAGUUGCAGGCGGAUGCGGAGCGGCCGCUGAAGGCGGAGAUUAAGGAGUUGAAGGAGGAGAAUAGGGUGUUGAGACGGUUAGCGGGGUGGGAGGAGAGGGCGGAUAGCAGUGAUGAGGAAGAGGGGGAGAGGCCUUGA